AUGAGCGCCUCGUCAAGGGCGGCUCGUUUGGCCACCCGCGGCAACCUAGGGGUUGCUUCGCGUCAAAUUUCCCGCAAUAUUCAAUCUGCACUUCUUUCCCGACAUAUUCUGCGCCAAUCGCAAAUCCCCGCUCUUGCUUUGCUUGUGCCCGCCCGCCACAUUAGUACCGAACAUCACCGAUCCGAUGCCUCGGCUGGCCCGCCUCCUGGCUUCAAUGCCGAGCAGGCCAAGAAGCCUCUCGCCAAAGAGGCGACUUCAUCCGCAAAGACUGAUAGCAAGGAAAAGGCUGCGACCGACGGUGCUCUCACGAAAGACGAAGCCAAGAUGGAAGAGCUGAUUGCCAAGUCCGACGAGCACGCGCACCAGAAAGAGGUGCUCAAGAAGGAAAAGGAAGAAAAGAAGCUCACCUUGUGGCAAAAAGUCAAGAAAGAGGCUCGUCACUACUGGGAUGGUAGUAAGCUGCUGGCAGCUGAAAUCAAAAUUAGCUGGAGACUGGCCCUGAAGAUGGCAGCGGGCUACGAGCUGACCCGCAGAGAGCAUAGACAGCUUCAGCGAACUGUCAAGGACCUGGGCCGUUUAGUGCCGUUCUCCGUCUUUAUUAUUGUGCCGCUUGGUGAAGCGCUAUUGCCGCUCGCUCUCAAGCUAUUCCCCAACAUGCUGCCCAGCACAUUCGAGGGGCCAAAGUCCAAGGAGGCCAAGGCCACCGUCCUCCGAAGCACAAGAAAAGAAGUCAGCACUUUCCUGCGCCAGACGCUAAAGGAGACUGGACUCCCUCUCACAGCAGCCACGGCGCAAAAGGAAGAAUUCGCCAACUUCUUCCGCAAGGUCCGAUCCACUGGUGAGGCUCCCACCAACGAAGACGUCAUCAAAGUUUGCCAGGUUUUCCGCGACGAUCUCACCCUCGACAACCUGUCGCGCCCCCAGCUCGUGUCCAUGUGCCGCUACAUGAUGCUCAACACUUUCGGUACCGACAUGAUGCUUCGCUACCAGAUUCGCCACCGCAUGAAGCAGAUUAAGAGAGAUGAUCGUGCCAUUAGUUUUGAGGGUGUUGACAGCCUGACUGUCGCUGAACUGCAGAUGGCAUGCGCUGCCCGUGGCAUCCGCACCCACAGCGUCUCGCCCGCUCGUAUGCGUGAGGACCUGCAGACUUGGCUAGACCUGCGCCUCAAGGAGCGCGUUCCUUCCACGCUACUGGUGUUGAGCAACGCCUACAUGUACGGCCAGGGCUCUGGUGAAGGGGGCAACCAGAUUGAUGCGCUCAUUGGUGUCCUUUCCUCGAUCCCCGAAGAGCUGUACCACGAGAUUGAGCUCGAAGUUCACAACGCUGAGGGCGCCGCGACCAACAAGCAGCGUCUUGAGGUUAUUCGCGAGCAGCAGGAUCUGAUUGAGGACGAGAAUGAGCAAAACGAAGAGAGCCAGAGCACCGGCAUGGCCACGCCUCGCGACACCGAGGACAUUGACGAAAAGGAGGAGCGCGAGCAAAUUGCCCAGGAGGCCGGCGCCGCUCCGAAGCAAGCUGGUGAGAUGGUUGAUGCCGAGCAAGAGCAGGACCAGGCUCAAGCUGUCAGCGGAGAGGUCAAGACCGCUCCCCCCAGCGAGACUAGCGAAAAGAAAUAA